AUGAUUGGAAGAAGUUUCUUACGUUCAAUGGCUACUGCCACCAAAUCAGUUAAACCACCAAUCCAAUUAUUUGGUGUUGAUGGUACUUACGCUAAUGCCUUAUACAGUGCAUCAAGUGAAAAUAUUGACCAAACUUUCAACAACUUAUCAAAAAUUAACGAUUUAAUUGCCAAAGAUCCAAAAGUUAACGAAAUCUUAACUAACCCUGCAUUAUCAAAAGAUGACAGAUCAUCAGUUAUUGAAGUUAUUUCCUCAAAUUUAAAAUUAGACAAAUCAAUUGUUAACUUCUUAAAUGUUUUAAGUGAAAACAACAGAUUAAACGAAUUCAAAUCAAUCUUCGAAAAAUUCGAAUUAUUAAAGAAUGCUCAUGAUGGUAUCGUUGAAGCUAAAAUCACUUCAUCAAAACCUUUAGAUUCAAAAAUCUUAAAAAGAUUACAAACUUCAAUCUCCAAAUCUUCAAUGAUUUCCCAAGGUCAAACUUUAAAAAUUUCCAAUGUUGUCAACCCAGAUAUCUUAGGUGGUUUAGUUGUUGAAGUUGGUGACAAAACCGUUGAUUUAUCAAUUUCUGCUAAAAUUGCCAAAUUAAACAACACUUUAAACGAAGCUUUAUAA